AGCCUUGAAUGCUCCUCCGUCUUUCCACCUGCAAAGACAGAAACUGGAACGAGCAAAGAUGAGUAACAUUCUUAAAAACAAGAUACAGUAUCGACCUGACCGACAGAAACUGGUUCAUCAACAUAUCCUUGAAGAUACGACAAUUGACCCCAGUCUUCACGAGAAGCAGAAGCAGCUGAAGAAAGCUCGGCUUACAGACAACCUCAACAACCGCAUUUCACAUCGACCUGGACCUCUAGAGCUGAUUAAAGGAAACAUUCUUUGUGCUGAUGAAAGACUAACACAAGCCAUAAAGGAGGGACAAAUAACUUUCAGGAAAACUUGUGAGGGAGAAACAAUCCAGCAUCCAUCCCCACAGCUUAUGAACGAGGAAGAAAGCAGUAGUGAUGGAGCCUUAUCGUCUCCUCAAGAGACAAACGGACAGUCACACAGCAGCUUUCCAUCACUGGACACAAGUGAGACAUCUCCAAUUUUGGAGUCCCCGAACUCUAAUAAAACUACAUCUCUCUCUUCUCCUGGGAGUUCUCCAUUGUCCUUACAUGCUGUUUCUACCCCGUGUCCACCAACAACCAGCUCUGUGACAGAUUCACCGUGCCAUGGUCAGAGUAAAGACGGUAUGAGUGGCAGCAGAAGUCGAAAAAAAUCUAAAUCAAAGUUUCAGCCAAAAACAAGAACCAUCAAAUUUCAUGAAUAUAAAGGUCCCCCUAGUGCUCAGAAAAACCACACAGUACUGUCAAGUCCAGUAGAGACUACAUACGAAUUACUGCUUCAACAACAACAACUCUUCCUACAGUGGCAGCUGGAGUGGCGACACAAAUAUCCUCAGAUCGUAGUACCAUCUGGUUUCUGUAACAACUUGUCUUCUGGUGAAGUAAGUUUGAGUGACCUGAAAGCUGAAUUAAAAAGACGAAAUUUGCCAGUGUCAGGUCCUAAACCUCAGCUCAUUGAGCGUUUGAAGACUCAUUCUAAUGUAACCCCAAGCACUUCCACAGCAUCUUCGUCUGCUUUCACAAAUGUUUCUUCUACUGUAAAUACUAGUGGUCCAUCAACACCAGUCAGUGUGGGUGGAAACUUUCUUGACAACAUGCCCUCAGUUCUUCAAUACACCACUGACCAUGACAUUAAUUCAAUGUCUCCUGUGGUGGGCAUCGAAACAGUGACUAAUGAGGUUCCUGCGUUGCCUAGCACUGAAUCUAACUUUGAGAUUUAUCAAGUAUCGAAUAAGAUACAACCUUCACCACAUACUGAUGCGAUGGAUACCGAGAUGAACAUAACACUAGAUGUUGGAGAAAGUUCUACUGAAGAGGACAUAGUAAGACUUCAACAAAAACGUAUUGAGGAGCUCCAGUUGGAGCUUCAGAG